AUAAAACUUUGUCACAUUCUUGAGCCUCAAAUGUCAGAGAAAAGAAUAGUAGGAUAUGUUUUGAGAGGCUUAGACGUAGGAGCAUUGCAACAUGUUGCUUUCAUGGACAAUGCAUCAGUUGAAGAUUUAGAGAAAAAUCUCGCCAAAUAUGAAAGAUCUCGCUUCCUUCUAGACAAAAAGUUAGGAAUGCAUAAUGCUUCAAUCCUGUCAGAUGACGAAGAAGACGAUUGCCAGUUCAAGCAGAAAGGCCUCUGCUUGAUUCCGAGGAAAAAGAUGUCGAACUCCGCCACCCAAGCCACUUGUCUCCACCUUCUAACAUCAGAAGCAGACGUAUCGGAGCUACGAGAAGUCUGCAAAUUUGAUUGUAAAGCAACUGACAAUCAAACCCUAAUCACUCGCCUACGAGAAGACACCUUCCUAUUCCACAACACCGGCAAAAAGACGACAAUUCGCUGUAAAAACUCAACAACUGAGGUCCCAAGCAACAGUCCAGGAACCCUAUCACUCCACAUCCCUUGCAACUGCGAACUUCAAGACGACAACGGCGACGUACUGAUAAGCACUCUUUAUCCUUGCGACUCCCGUUCCCAUCCUUCUCCAGCUAUUAAUAAUUUAAUUCCUCACAUGUGGACAAAUUUAUCUAAAUUGAGCAUCCCAAUUUUUAAACAUGAGACUCUGCCUCAGUACUUAAACCUUUCGGAAAUCUUAAAUGAAAAUUGGCACUUGAAUUUUUCAAAAUUUGAAGAGCACAACUCAUUCUCAGAAGACAUUUUCCAUCAUGUUGAAAUGCCAAAUAACUUUGAUUUGUUAGGGGUGAACAAUAAACUGAUCAUUUAUAUUAUUAUUGUCUGGCAAACACUGAUAACUGUUAUAUUCUUGUAUUUGUCUUCAAAAUUAUAUUAAGAAGAAAGCAAAUCA